UUCUUAGCGUCAAAGCUAGAGACAUCAUCCCCUCUUCCUUACUCUUCUUGUUUCACAAUUUCAGGCAUCCACUAAGAAUAAAGAUAAGUAUUACAUUCUUGUUUCACCAUGUAUAAAUAUGUUAUCCUCGGAAGAUGCAAAAUGCAGCUUUUGGGUCAGUUUUCAGUGCCAUGGAUUCUUGCAAGAAAUGCUUCAUUCUUUCAUUGGCCUUUCUCGUGAUUUUCUUUCAAAAUUUGGGUACCAAGGUCUUUGGUUUUGAUGGGAAUAAGCAGAUUGAAACCAUGGCGGAGGAAGUCUUCGAUCAUUCACCACAUUUUAGUACAAGGCAAGGGAUAUAUGAUAAGGAACACGUGGAAGAUGAUGACUGGCAAAUGGUGGAGACAAAGGGGAACCAGUUUGUUGUUAAUGGUCAACCUUUCUAUGUCAAUGGAUUCAAUACAUACUGGCUGAUGGUAUUCGCGGCGGACCAAUCUACAAGAGGAAAGGUCUCUGAAUUGUUCCAACAGGCAUCUUCAGUAGGACUAACUGUUUGCAGGACUUGGGCUUUUAAUGAUGGCCAAUGGCGAGCUCUUCAGAAGUCUCCAUCAGUUUAUGAUGAGGAAGUAUUCAAGGCCUUGGAUUUUGUGGUGACUGAAGCAAAGAAGUACAAUAUCAAGCUCAUAUUGUCUUUGGUUAAUAACUGGGAUGCGUAUGGUGGCAAGGCGCAAUAUGUCAAGUGGGGCAAGGCUGCUGGCCUUAACUUGACAUCGGAUGAUGAAUUCUUCUCUCAUCCAACUCUUAGAAGUUACUACAAGGCCCACGUUAAGGCAGUGCUAAAUAGAGUCAAUACAUUCACAAACAUAACUUUCAAGGAUGACCCUACAAUUUUUGCUUGGGAACUGAUGAAUGAACCUCGUUGCACCUCAGAUCCCUCUGGGGAUACACUGCAGUCAUGGAUAGCAGAAAUGGCAGUGCACGUGAAGAGCCUCGAUGCAAAGCACUUGGUUGAAAUUGGACUAGAAGGAUUUUAUGGCCCCUCAGCACCUGCAAGGGCUCAGUUCAACCCGAAUUCAUAUGCAACUCAAGUUGGAACUGACUUUAUAAGAAACCAUCAGGCUCUCGGAAUUGAUUUUGCAUCUGUUCAUAUUUAUGCAGAUACCUGGAUUUCGCAAACUAUUACCAAUGCUCAUCUCCAAUUCACAACAUCAUGGAUGGAAGCCCACAUAGAAGAUGCUGAGAAAUAUCUAGGAAUGCCGGUAAUCUUCGCUGAGUUUGGUGUAUCUGCGAAAGACCCUGGCUACAACUCCUCAUUCCGAGACACUUUUAUUAGCACAGUGUACAAGACAAUCUUGAACUCGACAAAGAAAGGAGGGGGUGGGGCUGGGAGCCUCUUGUGGCAGCUGUUCCCUGAUGGGACCGACUACAUGGAUGACGGCUAUGCAAUUGUCCUUGCAAAGUCUCCUUCAACAUCAAACCUAAUAUCCCUUCAUUCCACAAGACUCGCAAUCUUUAACUCAAUGUGUUCUUGGAACUGCCGAUGGGGUUGCAAGAAGAAAAAUGCUUUGGAGACAAUCCUCUACCAUGAUGAUCUGUAAAACUGUUUUAUGGAUGAAGAGUCCUUAUAUAUGUAUAUAAAUAGGACAAAGAUCAAACAUAUUUAAUGGUGUUUAUUAUAGAUAAAAGAUAGCCACUAUAUAAUAAGAUCUUGGUGGAGUAUUUACAAUACGUUAGCAGUGUUCUCCAGUCCACAACAUGAUUAUCAGAUUAUAUUAGCUAAUCACACUACUUAAUUCCAGAAAUACUUUCUAUCUCAGUCUGCAGACUGUUAUAAGCAUUUCUUUCUCUUAAUUAGCAUAUCUGGUCCAUGUGGAUCAGAGUUUGGAUACCAUACCUGCUGUUAACAUAUAUACAACAUUGUUAUCAUGUAACACAGUUCAGCAUAUUCUCCUUGUCUACCUGUUACAUUAAACAAUGCAAUUCCAGACUUCAACAUCGAAUUCAUUUGGCCUAAAGUAUA